CCGUAUUUAUGGCAUGUUAUCACAUUGUAUGAUUCUGGUGUCUGGAGCCUGCGCAUUGUCCACAAUCCGAAAAGCCGCCAUGGUGAUUCUUACGUCACUCCCUGUGAGCACGGGUGUGUGUGCCUGCGUGCGUGCGUGAGAGAGAAAGAGUGUGAGAGUAGCGAGUGUGUGUCUACUACAGCUGGUUAGAACACGGCGAAAAGACCGUGAGAGUGUAAGCGACCAAAAUACCAAGACUUCGAACUUCCGACAACUCGAUCCACAAGAUAUUUUAAUGGGUAAGAGAACGCACGGUUUGUGUACACGAGUUUUUGGCGGACUUUGGAGAGUGCACGAGUGGAGCCCGGGAUGGACUCCCGCUCCCAUCGCGGUACCGCAGGAAUCACGCGCCAUUGAGGUUGAUGUGCAUGCGCUCUGACUGGCCUUUGCAGCUUAAGCGUGAUCUGCGAGUAUGGGCCUCCAUUACUGAGUUGGAGGUGUUCGUCGAAGAACAGAAGUCAAGAGGCCAUUCAGAUGAGUCACCAGCACCCGUCAGGAACUAGGCGUCUGUAGUCCAGCGCUGAAGCUGUGUGCUGUAAGGCACUGUUAAACACACUCCACUCAACUUCCUGCUUCAGUCACGGAGGACAUGAUCAGUGACAUGACGGGCUCAGGUGAUGAAGAAGAGGAGAAGGACACGAGCCUCUCAUCCUUUCUCUCUCCUCCAUCUGGCAUUGCUACGCCACUGACGACUACACAGCACUGUGAUGACCACGCCAUUGCUCCUGCCACCAAAACUAAGAUGGCCGCCUCAAGUGGCCCACUCUGCCCCUCGGAACCCGACAAGGACACUAAAAUCCACGUCACCCUGGGCAACGACUCGGUGUGGCAGGAGUUCCACGUCACCCUGGACAACGACUCGUUGUGGCGGGAGUUCCACGGCAUCGGGACGGAGAUGCUCCUGACCAGGAAGGGCCGCCGCAUGUUCCCCUUCUGCCGCUACACUCUGACGGGCCUGGAUCCCCAGCGCCUGUACUUCCUCGUUAUGGACUUCCAGCUUGUGGAUGAGCACCGGUACCGCUGGACCUUUGGGGGCCGGCUGCGGGGCGGGCCGGGCGAGGAACACAAAGUGGGUGGUCGCGUCUACACUCACCCGCUGUCGCCCGCCGCGGGCUCAACGUGGAUGCGAGUUCCGGUGACGUUCGGCACGGUGAAACUGACCAACAACCUGUCAAGUGACGACAGCCUUAUCCUGCUGCACUCGAACCACCGGUACAUCCCACGGCUGUGUGUGGUGCCCUUUGACCCCAGCAGGCGGAACACCAUCAACCACCAUGAUCCAGAGGCGCAGACGUUCACGUUCCCGCAGACGGAGUUCUACGCCGUGUCUUGGUACCAGAACCCGCAGCUCACUGAACUCAAGAUCAAGCACAACCCGUUUGCCAGCGCGUUUCGCCAUGAAGAGAUGCACCCGGGCAAGCACAUGCAGUUACCAGCAGGAGGCGAUCAUGAGUCCCGUGUCUCUCCUGAUUCAAACCACGCCAAAGGCAACAAGCGGGCUAAAAGGCGCCUGUCACUCCCCACCGCUGGCGAGUUUGGGCUGGGGGCGUCUCCGGUGCUUAAAAAGAAGAUGGCAGGAGGCCUUACCCGCACCGAGGAGAUGUUGUCCACGGAGGACGAGAGUCGCAAUCAUGGCGCUCGCCCCAGUCCUUCCUGUUCAAAGAGACGUGCUCCUGCUAAGAUGAAGAGACGAGUCACCAUUCCCAGAGUUCCCACACACACCUCCACCUCCACGCCUCGGACGCUGAAGAGGCCGGCACUGACCUCCCCGAAAGGUCCAAAGACGCUCCUGCACAAGCGCAAGACCAAUUCCAGGAAGAAUGCCAAGGGUUCUGGUGUAGUCACGGAAACGCCUUCAGAACCAGCGGUAGUGACUCAUGAGCUGGCUGUGGACGAUGUAGAGGGCAUGCUGUUUGUCUCAUUUGCCAACAAGGAAUCUCAUGAUACCCACGUGCCCUUGAAGAGAGAGCUGCAGGAAUCUCACGAUACCCACGUGCCCUUGAGAGAGCUGCAGGAAUCUCAUGAUACCCACGUGCCCUUGAAGAGAGAGCUGCAGGAAUCUCAUGAUACCCACGUGCCCUUGAAGAGAGAGCUGCAGGAAUCUCAUGAUACCCACGUGCCCUUGAGAAAGCUGCAGGAAUCUCAUGAUACCCACGUGCUCUUGAAGAGAGAGCUGCAGGAAUCUCAUGAUACCCACGUGCCCUUGAAGAGAGAGCUGCAGGAAUCUGAUGAUACCCACGUGCCCUUGAAGAGAGAGAUGCAGGAAUCUGAUGAUACCCACGUGCCCUUGAAGAGAGAGAUGCAGGAAUCUGAUGAUACCCACGUGCCCUUGAAGAGAGAACCACCUCCGUCGCCUCUGCUGAACUGCCCCCCUGUCCUGCAGCUCCAGGAGGCAACUAGGGCAACAGAACCUGAGAAAGCCACUGAAGAUGCAGAGGUCCUGCAGGAGAGGAUUGUGCAGCUGGAGAAGACGUUGCUGGUGGAUCUGGGAUCCUUCAAAUACAGGCAGGUGGUCCAUCCUGCUCUGAGACAGGUUGGCCUGAAGUUGAACCUUGUGGACCCUGAAGUGGCCAUCGACCUGCAGUACCUGGGGGUCACCCUGCCCCUCCCCCCCCUCAUAAAAACCAGCGCAGCCUUGUGUGCAGAUGGGACCAUUCCAUUUGUUUCACGGACAGGGAAGACCGAUGACCUCACUAAAAUAAAAGGCUGGAGAGACAAGUACAGCAGCUCCUCAGAACUCCCCCACAUCACACCCCAAGAGGGCCCAGUGAAGGUGCACUCUGCGUUCAGCAGUGAGAUGCUGGAUGAGUAUCUGGAGAAUGAGGCCCAGAGGAUCACAGAGCGGGCCGAGACCUUCUCCUUCUCCUCCUUCGGCUCCGCCGACCCGGUUGCUGCCGGUGUGGCCUACCAGCUCCCCUCCAGGAGCAGCAGCUAUGUGCGCACCUUAGACAGCGUGCUGAAGGGUCGCUCAACCGCCACCCUCGCCCCCUCCCCCGUGCCACCCCUCUCCAGCACCCACGCCCCCUCCCCCGUGCCACCCCUCUCCAGCACCAACGCCAGUCUGGGCACCAGCCGCUACGGGGGCUUCACCAAGCCACAGUGCCACCUUCAGGCCAUGGAGAGGCAGGCCUUCUGCCAGGGCCACACGGAGACAUACGUCACCAAGGAGAGGGCCACCAUCGCUCUGGGCGUACUCCUCACGGCACAGGGCUCGGUGAAGGCGGACCGUGUGGACUUGGCCCGUGGGGACAUGUUGGGCGCGUGCCAGAGAGACUUCUGCAGGCUGGGGUGUGUGUGCCUAAGCCUUCUGCGGCAGCCGCGGCCCCCCACCCACUGCCGAAGGCCCCAGUGCAUGUUUGAGUGUGUGUGCUUCAGGCACCGGGUGCUGCUCAUAAGGCCUCACCCUGACAAGAGCAGCAGCAGCAGCAGCAGCGCUCAUAGGGCAGAGAAGAACAAGAACACGGACCUGAAGUUACUGGCUUACCCCAUCUCUAACCCUGAUAAAGGCCUGAGACCAGCCCCCGGCCGUCGUGUGCCUCUGCUAUGGGAGGGCAGGGCGGACGAGGAGGACCCUGAGCCGCUGUUCAAACCUCAGAAACAGAAACAGUGCGUGUCCAACGCCAGGGCCUCUCUCUCAGCGCCCUCCAAACCAGCCAACAAACGCCGCCCCAAUGGCCCGAGGGUGAAGGAGGAGGAUAAGAGCAGUCCGGUGUACAAGUACUUUGACAGCAUGAUGACCUGUGCCCGCGUGCGCCCCAUCAACAGCAUGCCCCCACCACAGAUGCACAUCCUGCCUGGUCUGGUAACCAACAGAGCGAAGGAAAAACAUCUGCAGUCUCCUGAGACGUCUGUGCCAGUCGUGCAUCAGCAGUCGCUGGAGAAUGAGGUGCCGUCCACCAAGCUGCUGCAGAUCGUCUCCGAGUGCAACUGGGAACCGCACCGCGAACUGGUCCUGAGCACGCUCAGUAGGCGCCUGAGCCUCAACCUGCUGACGCCAUCGUUCACGCUGGGGUUCUACCGUGUGCGUCUGCUCUCCGUGACCCAGCACAGGAGACAGAGCCACUGCACCAUCACCUACAAGCUCAGCAUCUCCCGCGGCGAUGGCACCAGGGACAAGCAGCACCUGCCCAGGAGCCAGAAGCCCCGCCCCAAACAGCCUCUAAGGCCUGGAUACCUCAAGGCCCUCCGGCUGAGGCCCGGUGUCUCCCCCAAGAGGCUGGUUGAGGUAAAUGGGAAGCACUACGCCAAAGCCAGACUCAUGCUGGGUCGAAUGGGGGCUCUGCAUCCAGUCAAUCGGCUCGCAGCGUUCGUCACGGGCAGGCUGGUGACAUUCCCGGGGAGCUCAGACGCCUCAGUGGAGAAGGAUGCAGUGCCUGGACCGCUGGUUGAUGCUCCUCCUCAGGGUCCUAGUGCCUCUCAGCUUCUCUACAUCCCCAUUGGUUCUCCCGAUGGAGCCGCUCCUCCUGCGCCAGCCACACCCACCCAGAAUGGAAUGCUGAAGCCAGUGGUCGGCGCUCAGAAGGGGGCGCUAUACCGCCAACCCAACGGACAGCUGGUCCGGCUAGUGCCCUUGAAAACACUCAAGGCCAUGAAGUCCACAUCUGCCCCGUCUCCUGCUCCAGGCACCCAGAAUGGCCUCCCUACACCCAGUGGUCCUUGCCCAGAAAACGGUGCAUCAGGACUCAGUGCCUCUUCCUCUGCCUCUCAAGAUAGAAGCACUGACACAGCCCCAACUGCAGGCACUGGCACAGAUACCCCUCCUAUCCCUCCUGACUCCUCCUCCGCUGCUGUGGCCAAGCCCUUCUCACUCUCUGGGAAGAGCACCAUGCGCAUCUCUCAGGGCUCGGCGGCCAUCAGGACCCUGCCUCGCACCGGAUCCUUCUCCUUCCCCUUGCUCCUCAGCGCGGUCCUCCCCCUGCCGGGAGGCUUCUCACUGGUGCAGCGGCCCACCACUCCUGCUGGGGAGGUGAAGGUGGCCCCCCCAGGGGUUCUUCCACUGAGUGUCACCGCGGCAACGACCCUGCAGGCUACUGACAGAACACACGGAACGCUCAAAAAGGGUUCUCAGAACACUGGAACGCUCAAAAAGGGUUCUCAGAACACUGGAACUUCAGUGGAAGAAAGGAGGAAGGUGGUGGCCCCGGUGGUGGUUCCUCCAAUGGCCUCCAGAACACUCCAGAACAAUGCAGCUGCAGUUCCUCCUCAGGCCACCAGGAGAGUGCACAGAGGUUCUAAACUCCGGGGACCAGGGGAGGGCGCUAAGACAGUCGUGGCCCCUGUGGUUUUCCCCCCGACUCUUUCUAGAACACCACACCACAGCGUGGCAGAGAGGGAGCGCUGCCAGCUCCAUCAGACCGGCUUCAGGAGGCUCAAGGAGGUGCUGUGCAUCAAAAACAUCAAGGUCACCAAGCAGGACAUCCUGGACCAGGCCAAACUCGUCAUCUCUGCAUUGAAGACCAGAGAGAAGAAGCUGGAGAAGAAGAAAGCCUUCAUGACCCGCACGCAGUCUGACUACAUCAAGACCAUCUCCCAGAUGUCUGGGAAGACGGAGGAGAUGAUCAAGAAGAAGCUGGAGGAGAUCAGCAAGCGUCAGCGUCUGCUGGAGCAGUACCGCCAGCGUCUGAACGAGAAGAACCCCGUGAAGGCGCAGCUUAAGCUCACCGCGUGCGACCGGCUCACUGAACGCUUCGCCAUCUGGAAACACCACAUGAAAAAGAGGACGUUUGUGACCCCUCCACCAACCACUGGAGAGGAGGCUGCCACGGGGACCCCUAAAACCAGCAGGCGGCCAGACGUGAAGGCCAGGGACUCUCCUGAACUCAGAGCCGCUCUGCUGAACUCUGGAAACACUGCACCACAGGUCAACGGUUUAAUAAAGCUGUCGUCAUCUGGCAGAAGUGAUCAGAAUGCUCAGCCUUGCCUAUUAGGAGAGACAACACAACUUGGCAGUUCCAGCCAACGAUCAUCACCUAGCAACAGUGGAACACAAGGAGGAGAGGCUCCCAACAAUGAGGAACUGGAAGAGCGGCCAUCUUUAGAUGCAGACGAGGCUACAGACAGGGCAGAGCGGCCAUCUUUAGAUGCAGACGAGGCUACCGACAGGGAAGAACAGCAGUGUGCAGACGAGGCUACCGACAGGGAAGAGCAGCAGUGUGCAGACGAGGCAACAGACAGGGCACAGCAGCCAUCUUUAGAUGCAGACGAGGCUACCGACAGGGCAGAGCGGCCAUCUUUAGAUGCAGACGAGGCUACAGACAGGGCAGAGCGGCCAUCUUUAGAUGCAGACGAGGCUACAGACAGGGAAGAGCGGCCAUCUUUAGAUGCAGACGAGGCUACAGACAGGGCAGAGCAGCAGUGUGCAGAUGAGGCUACAGACAGGGCAGAGCAGCAGUGUGCAGACGAGGCUACAGACAGGGAAGAACAGCAGUGUGCAGACGAGGCUACAGACAGGGCAGAGCAGCAGUGUGCAGACGAGGCUACAGACAGGGCAGAGCAGCAGUGUGCAGACGAGGCUACAGACAGGGCACAGCAGCAGUGUGCAGACGAGGCUGCGGCGGUGGCCUUGACUUCAGAGGAGUCCAGUAAGGUGACCGUGUGUGCAGCGCUGCUGUCGUCUCUCGUGGUGGAGAACGGCGUCCCAAAACCUAGACGAGGUCGGCCCCCCAAGCAGGCCAAGGCUGCCCCCUCUCUACUCGAAGCCAAGACUAGACCACCUCCACCCCAGAAGGUCAAACACUCUCCAAGGCUCCACCCAGAGGGUCGUCAGCUGCGGAGCCGCUCACCAGCGCUUGGGCGUGCACACACACGGAGAGGGCAGAGGAGGGGCCGGAUAUGAGUGUUGGUACUACAGGAGAAGAGCACAGAGAACAGAGAAGAAGAGAACAGAGGACAGAGGAGAAAGACAUGAAUGAAUGAAUGAAUGAAUGAAUGAAUGAAUGAAUGAAUCGUAAUCGUCUAGUUUCUGUUAACUAAAUCAGGCCUGAACCUCAGUUCAGAGAGAGCACAGCAGUGUGUACAGCUGCAGAACUCAACAAACACUCAGGAAUGUUUAACACUGUGACCGCUCGAAGCAAAUGUCUUUAUUGCAUUGAUGAGUUUUUGUUUGUUUUCUAUUUACGGGGGAAAAUUCAGACAUUUUUUGUAAAGCAUUAAUUUAAUUUGUGGCUACUGCAUGGAUUACUGGUGGGGGCACAGACGUUUCUACCGCAUGGAUUACUGGUGGGCACAGACACUGGUGGGCACAGACACUGGUGGGCACAGACACUGGUGGGCACAGACGUUUAGUUUACCCCAUAUUGGGGGCUGCCUUGUUCCUGGUACGGUUCCUGUAUGUACUUAUAAAGUGUAUAUUUAUAAAUGCCUGAACAAGAAA